GUAUUGGAGGAGCCCAGAGCAAGCGCGGACAAAGUCCUUCUGCAGGGAUCAGAAGACCUAGCGAUGGCCACCCCACCCAGCUCGUUCCCCCAGGAGCCCCUCACCCCGCCCAGGCCCAACCACUCCCUCAAGCCCAACCAGGUGGGGCAGGUGGUGCUGUACGGGGUGCCCAUCGUCUCCCUGGUGAUCGACCACCAGGAGCGCCUGUGCCUGGCGCAGAUCUCCAACACGCUGCUCAAGAACUACAGCUACAACGAGAUCCACAACCGGCGGGUGGCGCUGGGCAUCACCUGCGUGCAGUGCACCCCCGUGCAGCUGGAGAUCCUGCGCCGGGCGGGCGCCAUGCCCAUCUCCUCCCGCCGCUGCGGCAUGAUCACCAAGCGCGAGGCCGAGCGCCUCUGCAAGUCCUUCCUCGGGGAGAACGCGCCGCCCAAGCUGCCCGACAACUUCGCCUUCGACGUGACGCACGAGUGCGCGUGGGGCUCCCGCGGCAACUUCAUCCCGGCGCGCUACAACAGCUCGCGCGCCAAGUGCAUCAAGUGCACCUACUGCAACAUGUACUUCUCCCCCAACAAGUUCAUCUUCCACUCGCACCGCACGCCCGAGGCCAAGUACACGCAGCCGGACGCCGCCAACUUCAACUCCUGGCGCCGACACCUGCGGCUGUCCGACAAGACCCCGCCGGACGAGAUGGUGUUCGCCUGGGAGGACGUGAAGGCCAUGUUCAACGGGGGCAGCCGGAAGCGGGCGCUGCCCUCCAGCCACUGCUCCUCCUCCAUGAUGGGCUCCGGGAAGAGCAGCUCCGUGCUGCCCCACAUGAUCAACCCCGGGGAGCUGGGGCAAAAGCGGAGGUGUUUCGAGGACGACGACGAGGACCACGACGCCAGCAGCCUGUCACCCCACAAGAGCAGCGCCCGCAGCUACCCCGUCAUCCCCGUGCCCAGCAAGGGCUUCGGCAUGCUUCAGAAGUUCCCCACCACCUCGCUCUUCCCCAACCCCUACAGCUUCCCCGCCUUCGGCCUGUGCCAGCAGCAGAAGAAGGACGACGGCGGCGACGCGGCGGCCGCCGGACAGAAGAACACGGGCCUCUCCGGUCUGCUCUGGCCCGCCCGCAAAGACGCUUUCUACUCCCCCUUCUGCAUGUUCUGGCCCCCGAGGGCCGCCGGGGGCAUUCCGGUGCCCACCUACCUCCAGCCCCACCAGCCCAACGCCCUCACCUCUCUCGCCGACAACCCCUCGCUCAGGCAGGCCUUCCUGGACCUCUCAGAGCAAGCGGGCGAGGCGGCUGCUGGGGCCGGUGGACUGGGCGUCGGCGGCACGACGACUCGGUCGGGGGGCCUCUUCGACAGCGACUGCCUGCCCCUGCCCACGGGCAUCAGCGUGACCUCUGACCUCAGGCCGGCGUCCGAGAGCUGGCUCAAGCUGCUGGACGCCCCGUCUCUGCAAGCACGCAAGGCCAGCUACCACUCCGCGUUCCGGCCAGUCGUCAAGGACACCACCACGGAGAGCAUCGCCAAGCUCCACGGCAACCUGGAGGAGUUUGGGUCGUCGGGCCGAGCGGCGGAGCAGGCCCACCUGUCCCCCGGCACCAGCUGCAGCUACCAGAGCGAGAGCGGCGAGAGCGACGAGGAGCAGGAGGUGGACGUGGAGACCAAACAGGACGAGGAGGAGGAGCAGGAGGAGUUCAGCGUGCGGCCGCUGCUGUCCCAGCAGCCCUUGCACCUCCGUGGCCUCCUCCCCGACAGCGCGGGGGAGAGGAGUAAAGGGCCGGGGCCGUUCCCAGCCGCCGUCGCCCCCGACAACGCGGACGACAAGCCCGGCCUGCCGGCUGUCACUCCGCCGCCUGCCACUCUCAAGGUCCCAAGCCCCAUCCACGCCUCGCUGGAGGACAUGCCGCCGUACAAAAAUGUCCACAAGAGCCGAGGAGAGGACGGACUGCCCGCUUACGCAACCAAAGAAAGCACAAACCAUUCAGACGAAAACAAAGAACAGACACAUGUCUUUGGGUCUGAGACCGAGUCCUCUGGGCAAGAAUACUGGCGAGAUACUCCAGGAGAGCAAAAUCAGGAUUCACAUUCACCGGUAACACUGAAAAAAGACGUGGAGAGUAUGGAAAAAGAGGAACUUCAGAAAGUUCUCCUCGAGCAGAUUGAUUUGCGGAGAAGAUUGGAGCAAGAAUUCCAUGCGCUGAAAGGCUCGCCAUUCCCAGUGUUCCAUAAUUUCCAGGAUCAAAUGAAGAGGGAACUGGCAUACAGGGAGGAGAUGGUUCAGCAGUUACAGAUGAUCCCAUAUGCAAACAUGCUCAGAAAGGAAAAGGUUGGAGCGCAUCUCAGCAAGAGUUAAAUGGUAAGUAUUAGAAACAUCACGAUUAAUAAAACAGUCCAUGCGUGCGUGCGCAGCCUUUUAUAGUGCAUAAUCAUCACAGUCAUAUUAUAGUGUAAUUAUACUAAUCUGAUAUAUUAGACACCAUUUUACUUGCUACCCUGUGCUGUAGUUCUGUCAGUUCAUUUAGUUUUUUUUGUUUUAACAAAACAUAUGACAUAAAUUAGGAGUUUAUAACAGUUUUUUUUUUUUUAUUUUAUUUUUUUUAAGGUUCUUGGGACAUCUCAUGUGACUCCAAGCAGCGCAUUCUCUGAAAAUCCCUCAAACUGGAAAUGACAAAAGCCUGUGGCUAUCUGUGAGCGCUCCCACAAUGCAACAGAAGUGACCUCGUCAACCCUUUCCCCUGGACUGUCUUAAAAUGGUUGAAGUGGCAAAGAGAGGAAUCCGUUGUUCCACGGAAGAGCAGUUAAACAUUCCUCAAGCAAAGCAUCAGUAGUGUGUGUGUGUGUGUGUGUGUGUGUGUGUGUGUG